AUGGCUGCCGAACCCCAACUCCAACAAGUUGAUGAGAGAAAAGAAGAGCAAGAACUCAAGUACCUUGAGUUCGUGCAAUUCGCAACCCUUCAAGCUCUGAUGCGUUGCGCCGUCCUCUACUCAUAUGCCAAGGAACGCGCUGGUCCUUUGAAGCCCGGCGUUGACACCGUGGAGGAGGCCGUGAAGACGGUGGUGGCUCCGGUGUAUGACAGGUUCCACCUCGUCCCCGUCGAGCUCCUCAAAUACGCCGAUCGCAAGGUCGGCGAGUUGGACCGCCACGUUCCCUCCAACGUGAAGAAGGUCUCCUCCCAGGCCCGCUCCGUCGUAUCCGAAGUCCGCCGCGACGGCGUUUCCACCUUCGCCAAGACCGUUUACUCUAAGUACGAGCCCACGGCGGAACAGUGCGCCGUGUCUGCGUGGCGGAAACUUUACCAACUUCCGCUCUUCCCCCAGGUGGCCGACGCCGUGUUGCCAAAGGCCGCAUACUGCACGGAGAAGUACAACGAGGUUGUCGUUUCCUCUGCUGAGAAAGGUUAUAGGGUGUCUGCUUAUCUUCCUUUGGUGCCUACUCAGAAGAUUGCCAAAGUCUUCGGUGGAAACUGA